AUGGCGCACCCGUCAGCAUCGCGCAGUCUCUUAGGACUGGUGAGGAAUUUCAAACGGCUCAAUGUUACGGACCCAUUGACGCAAUGUCUUGCACCUUGCCUCGGUCGCAGCUUCGCCACUCAGACAGAAUUGCCCAUCUCAGAGACGGCCAAAGGCAUCGAAGCCGGCAUUAAUGCCUCGAAAAGCAAACUCGAGACCCCUGCCUCCUCGAUCACCACCUCCGCGUCACCAGCAGAAGUCUAUGCUCUCGACCACCCUGUCCUGGCAACGCGCUACACCUGGCCUCUGAUCGAACCCUCGGGCUAUGCCCUCUACAGUCCGAAAUACCUUGACGCCCCUCUCCGCCGAGAUAUCCUCCACCGUGCAGUCAUCUACGAAGCCGACAUGACCCGCCAAGGCACUGCGUCCACGAAAUGGCGGUUCGAGGUCCACGGGUCGAAUCGCAAACUAUACCAACAGAAGGGGACGGGUCGGGCUCGAGUCCGAGACAAGAAGUCCCCUAUAAGGCGAGGCGGUGGCGUCGCUUUCGGACCCAAGCCUCGAGAUUUUUCGACGGAACUUCCCGAGAAGGUGUACCAGCAGGCAUUUCGCAUCGCGCUAAGUUAUCGCCUAAGGAAGAACGAGUUGAUCAUCCUUGACAAUAAGAUAACCCUGCCCGAGGUCAACACCGCCCGCUUCUUGAACAAUAUCUUUGAAGCGAACCAAUGGGGCCAGGGCCAUGGUCGAAGUCUUCUGGUUACGAAGACUGGAGAGAAAUACAAUCCUCGGCUCUUUGAAGCGAUGGGCACGGUCGGUGAACACGGCGAGCUCAAAGACACCGAGGAUGUGGACGUCAAGGAUUUGUUGACAAGUGGGCGAAUAGUUAUUGAACGUUCAGCGCUGCUCAAGCUGCUCUGUCGAGCGCAUUCAUUUGAAAGUGGUGGGUCGUGGUUUACCUUUGGGAUGCCCAUAUACCAUGCCAGGGAGAAGUAUCCGCACCUGGAGCCGGAGCAAAUUGUACAGUAUCUAUAA